UUGGGACUGAUCCAAUGCGGACAAACUUAAGAACGACGGAGAUGAGGCAACUCGAGGUUUUAUCACACAUCGUUUAAAAGAAUGGAGGCCAUUUUUGCCCCCGCAAGUGAAACUUUUCUCAAAAUAGGACAGUUCAAAUUGUAUAACAAGAAAACAUUUCUUGGAGGGCAGUGACGUACCAAUGAUUGGCAGGACGUGCUUAUCGUCAUACAAUGGAUAAGGUUGAUCAAAUCCUGUCUGAGCUGAGGCUGCAGAAGGAUGAGCUGAAAGAAAUCAUGAAGAGGAUGCGGCGGGAGAUGGACAGAGGCUUGCGUUUGGAAACGCACGAGGCGGCCAGUGUCAAAAUGUUACCCACUUAUGUUUGCUCCACACCCGAAGGAUCAGAGGUGGGCGACUUCUUGGCUCUGGACCUGGGGGGGACCAACUUCCGGGUGAUGCUGGUCAAGGUGGGCGCUGACGAGGAGAGGAGUUGGAAGGUGGAGACCAAGAACCAGAUGUAUUCCAUUCCUGAGGAUGCCAUGACGGGAACUGCGGAAAUGUUAUUUGACUACAUUGCAGAGUGCAUGUCAAACUUCUUGGACCAGCACAACAUCAAGCACAAGAAGCUUCCUCUGGGUUUUACUUUCUCCUUUCCGGUGCGCCACGAGGACAUCGACAAGGGAAUCCUACUCAACUGGACCAAAGGUUUCAAGGCUUCUGGGGCUGAAGGGAACAAUAUCGUGGGCUUGCUCAGAGAUGCUAUCAAGAGGCGAGGGGACAUUGAGAUGGACGUGGUGGCCAUGGUGAAUGACACGGUGGCCACUAUGAUAUCGUGCUACUACGAAGACCGAAGCUGCGAAGUGGGCAUGAUUGUCGGUACAGGUUGCAACGCUUGCUACAUGGAGGAGAUGAGGACAGUGGAGUUGGUGGAAGGCGAGGAGGGUCGCAUGUGCGUCAACACGGAAUGGGGGGCCUUCGGAGAUAACGGCGAGCUGGAGGAGUUCAGGUUGGAGUACGACAGAGUGGUGGAUGAGACCUCCAUAAACCCUGGACACCAGCUCUUUGAGAAGCUGAUUAGCGGCAAGUACAUGGGUGAGCUGGUGAGGCUCAUCAUGAUGAAAUUGGUCAACGAAAACCUGCUUUUCAACGGCGAGGCCUCGGAGAUGUUGAAGAUGCGCGGCAGCUUUGAGUCCAGACACGUCUCGCAGGUGGAAAGUGACUCGGGUGACAGGAAACACAUCUACAAUAUUCUGUCAUCUAUGGGCGUGCGGCCGUCCGAAUUGGACUGCGACAUUGUGGGUCUGGUCUGCGAAAGCGUUUCAACUCGCUCGGCCCACAUGUGCGGCGCCGGCCUCGCCAGCGUCAUCAACCUGAUGAGGGAGCGACGCGGCCUGGAGGACCUCAACAUCACCGUGGGCGUGGACGGCUCCGUUUACAAGCUGCACCCUUGUUUUCGUGACAGGUUCCACAAAAUAGUCAAAGAGCUGACACCAUGCUGCGAGAUCACCUUCAUCCAGUCAGAGGAGGGAAGCGGUCGGGGGGCGGCUCUCAUCUCAGCGGUGGCCUGCAAGAUGGCCGCCUGCAUGCUAACGCAGUGAAAGGAGGACCUGACGUGACCAUUCGACGGCUGAUUCACGAUGACAUCUUCUCAUCUUCCGUUCUUCUUCUGUGGAGAGCACUGGAAGACAGCAACAAGGAGGUUUAAUGGAUUUCUGUCAUAGUGAAAUGUAAAUCGAUAUAGCUCAGUUGAUUAGUUCAACAAGACACAGUUAGCUUGCCAAUUGAAUCAUAAUCCACCAUGUGCUCAUUAAAUGCUAACAUUAGGCAAAAAAUCUGCUUGUAGAAAGAAAAGUGACCAACAUGCAUCUUAUGUUCUCUCGGUACUCUGGCUUUCCUCCCGUGUUCCAUUCACAUGCAUGUUAGCUUGAUAAAAGACUAGAAUGGGAGUGUGAACGGUUGUUUGGUGAAAUGCACCCUGCGAUUGGCUGGCAAGCAGUCCAUCAUGUUGAUUGUACAACUUCACA